CCAUAUCCAGAGAGUCUUAAAAUCCUAACAAACUGCCUGUGCGUCUCUCUGUGACCUACUUUCUCAGACAGCUGGGGUUUCACUGAAAGAGAAUUCAGUCCUGUGGAGAUCAACUUUUUUCACUUCAAGUUCCAAAGUCACACUGAGGGGGCCCACGAAGCAAGAUGCUAGUUUUUGAAAACCUCCGGCUGCAACUGGUGAUUUUAACUGUGUUUCUAACUGUAUCUGCACUCUCAGAUUCUACAAAUGAAAACAAACUGCAGAAGCUGUUUAAAAAAAGAGAAGCCAAGCCAGAACCCCUUGCGGUGUCACCAUCUAAAGCAAAAGAGUUUCUGACUCCUCUGAAACGACCAAAGCGAAACCUAUGGGAUCGAUCCCGGCCUGAUGUUCAGCAAUGGAUUCAGCAGUUUAUGUACAUGGGCUUUGAUGAAAGUAGAUUUGAAACAGAUUUAUCAUAUUGGAUGGAUCACUACAGACAACACGACUAUUAUGGAUAUCAACACCAUUAUGAUGAGAAUGCACCUAUUGGACCACGUUACCCGAGUUCCUUCAGGCAUGGAGCAAACGUUAACUAUGAUGACUAUUAAAUAGGCUCUCAUUACGCUUACUCCCACUAUGGCUCAGAAUGUCCCCUGGUGAGAAACAUAGAAAUGCAUGCCAUUGUUAUACCUUUGAUACUUCUGCAAGCCCUCUUAUUCAAAGUACCCAAAAAAUGCAGUAAAAUGUGUUACAGUAUAUUUCAGAAUUGUGUUUGUAUUUGUUUUAAUUAAAAAAUAAACAGUGUAUUCUGAAAUUCAGAGAUGUUUUUUCUACACAAUUUUUCAAACCUUUAGCAGAAA